CAAAGGGGAAGUUUGAAACUUGUUGUUUGAUUGCCGGUUUGGCAACCACCUCCACAUAGUCGGGAGGGGGGAGAUUUGUUGGUGCUUGGGUGGAAUCCUAACAUUGUAUGAGAUCAUUAGUUCAUAACUUUAUCAAACUUGUACUUAAAAGUGAUUUAUGUCAAAUAUAUACAUCUUUUCAGGUAAUUGCGGAGACUAUUGGAACAUAUUUCCUCAUAUUUAUUGGAUGUGGUUCUGUGGCUGUUGACAAGAUAUAUGGAUCACUAACAUUCCCAGGUGUGAGUGUGGCAUGGGGUUUGAUUAUCAUGGUUAUGGUCUACUCAGUGGGUCACAUAUCUGGAGCACAUUUAAACCCCGCUGUCACCAUUACGUUUGCACUCUUUCGCCAAUUUCCUUGGAAACAGGUGCCCAUGUACGUAUUUGCACAACUCGUUGGUUCAAUUCUUGCCAGUGGGACUUUGUACGUCUUACUUGGUGUGAAGAGUGAGGCUUUCUUUGGAACCCUUCCCGCAGGUUCAGACAUUCAGUCAUUUAUUAUAGAAUUCAUCAUGUCCUUCUUGCUCAUGUUCGUCAUCUCUGGCGUCGCUACAGACAAUAGAGCUAUUGGAGAGCUUGCAGGGAUUGCCAUUGGAAUGACAAUUCUUAUCAGUGUUCUUGUUGCAGGGCCAAUCUCAGGAGCAUCGAUGAAUCCGGUAAGAAGUCUUGGGCCAGCUAUAGUGAUGCAUAAGUACAAAAGUAUAUGGGUUUACAUAUGUGGGCCUAUAAUGGGAACUGCAGCUGGUGGUUUCACGUACAACCUCAUCAGGUUCACAGAAAAGCCGCUAAGAGAACUAACUAGAAGUGGAUCAUUCCUCAAAAGCUUGUCAAGAAAGGCUAGUACCUCAGUUCGCUAGAGUUUUGAUUUUAUUUCACUCCUUCCGCACUAGGUCAUGUCCAUUUCCAUGUACAUCCAUGCAUAUGGCGUAUGCUAAAUGAAUAUGGAAAUUGAAU